CCGCCCCUCCGACCGCGUUUGCGCAGAGCUCAGAGCAUGGUGGCGGGAGGCUCCGCCCCUCUCGCCUUUGCUGUUGACGUCACUUCGGUGCGGGACCUUGGGUAAUGGACUCAGUGACCUUUGAGGAUGUGGCUGUGAGCUUCACCCAGGAAGAGUGGACUUUGUUGGACCCUCCUCAGAAGAAGCUGUACGUUAAUGUGAUGCUGGAAACCUGCAGUAACCUUGCUUCUGUGGGAAUCAAAUCAGAAUACCAGACCAUUGAAGACCUGUAUAAACAACCUGGGAAAAAUAUAAGGAACAUCAUAACGUGCUCCGAAUAUACGCCAUACGAUCUUGAGGACCGUGGGAAGAAGCAAUAUCCCUCCAGCUCUCUCACAACUAUUCACAUAUACAUGCGAACCCACCCUGUGAGCAGAACCGACAGAUGUGAGCUCUGUGCAGAACCCGUUGGUGUUCCACGUUCUUGUGACACUCAUAAGCAACUUCAAAGUGGAGAGCAGCCCCAUGAGGACAGUAUAUGUGAAACAGCCUUUAUUUGUCCCAGCUCAUUUUGCAUCCGUGGAGGACCUCCCACUGAAGAAAACUCUUCUGAAUGUAAACCAUGUGGUCCAACUCUGGGUUCGCUCAAUUACCUGCCACUUCCCAGUGGAACUCGUAAUGGAGAAAAACAUUUUGACUGUGCACAGCGUGUCAAAGCUUUCGGAUGUCACGGUUCCCUUCAAAGCCAUGAACGAAUUUGUGCUGGGGAAAAACCCCAUGAAUGCAAGCAGUGUGGCAAGUCCUUCAUUUAUCCCUACUUACUUAAGAUGCAUGAAAGGUAUCACACUGGAGAGAAGCCUCAUCAGUGUAAGGUAUGUGGUAAGGCCUUUCUGUGUUCCUCUUUCCUGCAAAGACAUAAAAGUACACAUACGGGAGAGAAACCCUAUAAAUGUAAGCAGUGCGCUAAGCCCUUCAGACGUCUCAGUAAUCUUCAAGUCCACGAAAGGACUCAUACUGGAGAAAAACCCUACGAAUGUAAGCAGUGUGGAAAAGCUCUGAGAAGCCACAGUUCCCUUCAGAGACAUAAGAUACUCCAUGCUGGGAAGAAACCCUAUGAAUGUAAACUGUGUGGUAAGUCCUUCAUUUACCCCUAUUUACUUCAAACCCACGAAAGAUCUCACACCGGAGAGAAACCCUACACAUGCAGCCUCUGCAGUAAAGCCUUCCGUUGCUCCUCUUUCCUGCAAAGACAUGAAAGGACUCACACCGGGGGAAAACCCUACGCGUGUAAGCAGUGUGGUAAAGCUUUCAAAGGUCGCAGCUCCCUUCGACUGCAUGCCAGGUCUCACAGUGGGGAGAAACCCCAUAAGUGUAAUAUAUGUAGUAAGGCCUUCCUGUGCCCCUCUUUCCUCCGAAGACAUGAAAGGACUCACACUAGGGAAAAGCCCUAUAAAUGCAGAAAGUGCAACAAGACCUUCCGAGGUCAGAGUUCCCUUCAGUUGCAUGAACGAGCUCACACCGGGGAGAAACCCUAUAAAUGUGAGAUCUGUAGUAAAACCUUCCUGUGUUCCUCUUUGCUACAAAGACACGGACGGGUUCACUGUGAGGAAAGGCCCUACGCGUGUAAACAAUCUGGUCAGGACUCUAAAGACAUGAGCUCCUUUCAGAGACAGAAAGUUUCUCAGGCUGGGGAAAAGCCUUACGAAUGUAAACAGUGUGGUAAGUCCUUCAUUUACCCAUGCUUACUCCAAGUUCACCUCAGAACCCACACCGGGGAGAAGCCCUAUGAGUGUCAGCAGUGUGACAAAGCCUUCAGAAGUCUCAGUUACCUCCGUGUACAUGAAGGAAGUCACACUGAAGAGAAGCCUUAUGAAUGUCAAGAGUGUGGUAAAACCCUCAGCUGUUCCAGCGCCCUGCAGUUACACAAACGGACACACACUGGAGAGAAGCCCUAUGCGUGUCAGCAGUGUGGGAAAGCCUUCAGGGGUUUCAGUUACCUUCGAGUCCACCAAAGAACCCACACGGAAGACAAACCCUAUGAGUGUAGGCAGUGUGGGAAAAUUCUCAGUUGCUCAAGUUCCCUUCAGCUGCACGAAAGGACCCACACCGGGGAGAAACCUUACGAGUGCAAACAGUGCGGGAAAGCCUUCAGGGGUCUCAGUCGUCUUCGAGUGCACGAGAUAAUUCACACUGGGGAAAAACCCCACGAGUGUAAACUGUGCGGUAAAGCUUUCAAGUAUCAUAGCUUACUUCAAGUCCACGAGAGGACCCACACGGGCGAGAAGCCCUAUGCUUGUAAGCAAUGCAGUAAAGCCUUCAAAAGCCUCAGUAACCUUCGAAUACAUGAAAAGACCCACAGUGGCUUCUACGAGUGUAAACAGUGCGGCAAAACCCUUAGUUCUUCCAACUCCCUCCAGGUACACGAAAGAGUCCACAGCGGAGAAAACGCAUACGAGUGCAAGCAGUGCGGCAAAACCUUCCGCCGGCCCAGCAAUCUUCAGGUCCAUGAGAAAACUCACGCCGAGGGAAAGCCCUAUGCGUGUAAGCAGUGUGGUAAGUCCUUCAUUUAUCGGUAUUUACUUGACAAGCACGAGAAGUCUCACUCUGCCGAGAAGCCCUAUACAUGCGCGAUCUGCAGUAAGGCCUUCGUCUGCCCCUCUUUCCUCCAACGACAUGAAAGGACUCAUAGCGCCGCGAGACCCUACGAGUGUGGGCAGUGUGGUAAAGCAUUCAAAGGCCUCAGCUCCCUUCAGUUACACGAGAGAGCCCACGCUAGAGACAAGCACUAUGACUGUACGCAGUGCGGUAAAACCUUCAGAUGUCACAGUCUCCUCCGGGCGCACGAAAGAACCCAUACGGGUGAAAAGCCGUAUGAGUGCGCGGAGUGUGGCAAGACCUUCAAAAGCGCUGGUUACCUUCGCAUACACGAAAAAACCCACAGUGGCUUCUAUGAGUGUAAGCAAUGCGGCAAGAUCCUCAGCUGUUCGAGCUCCCUUCAGCUACACGAAAGAACCCACACUGGAGAGAAGCCCUACGAGUGUAAGCAAUGCGGUAAGGCCUUCCGAGGUCAAAGUUCCCUUAGGAGACACGAAAGGAUCCAUGCCGGAGAGAAACCCUACGAAUGUAAACAGUGUGGUAAGUCCUUCAUUUAUCCGUGCUACCUUCAAAUGCACGAGAGAUCCCACACCGGAGAGAAACUCUACAAAUGUAACAUGUGCAGUAAAGCCUUUCUUUACCCCUGCUUCCUUCAAAUGCACGAAAGAACUCACACGGGCGAAAAGCCUUACAAAUGUAAGCAGUGCGAGAAAGCCUUCCGAAGUCACAGUUCCCUUCAGAUGCACGAGAAAACCCACACUGGAGAAAAACCCUACGAAUGUAAACAGUGUGGUAAGGUUUUGAUAAGUCAUAGUUCUCUUCAGAGGCAUAAAAUAGCUCAUGCUGGGGGAAGGCGUUGUGAAUGUACACAGUGUGGUAAGUCCUUCCCUUACCCGUAUUUACUUCAGAUUCACGAACGAUCUCACACUGGAGAGAAGCCCUAUGAGUGCAAAGACUGUAGGAAAGCCUUUACGUGUUCUCGUUCCCUUCAGAGACAUGGAAAGACACACACGUGAGGGGAAAAUCUCGGUAAAUGCAAGCGAAUGUGCAAGAACAUUUAGGGUUUCUAGUUCUCUUAAAUGUAUAGAAGUGCUGGGAAAAGAGCUAACGAGUAUAGAACAAACGGGGAAGCUUUUGUUGUCAUUGUUGUUGUUGCUGCUGCUGCUG